CCUGGAAGGUAUUGACUGCUUUUUUUAUUUAUUUAACAAUCCUGCUUUUAAUUUAACAUAUCGAUGUAUAAUAUUUAAACAAACUAUCUUAUAUCGUAUCGUGGACUUAUCCCCAUACAAUAGGACCGAUUGUGUUCCCACCCAACUAUUCUACAAACCCUAAACACACAUAAAGUGGGAACAGUUCUCUUUACUUCCUAGUAGUAGCCCUCAUAUCAGCAAGUUCAUUGCCGUGUGUAAACAGCGAGGAACAGGUGUUUUUUGUAAGUGGGUUCUCAUUGGGUAAGUCCAUCGAAGUUCAUAUUACAAGCCAGAUCGCGAUGCAAGGUGUGCUGCUUCCGCUGAUGAUGUGGAUGAUUUGGAUUCUCGGGUCCUCAGCAGAGGAGGAAAACUUACGAAGGAGUCCACGCGUUGUGGGCGGACAUCCAAGUGAUGUGCGGAAUCAUCCGCAUAUGGUUAACAUUCGGCGGCGUGGCAACUUCGAAUGUGGUGGAUCUCUAGUCACUCCCCAUUGCGUCUUGACUGCAGCCCACUGCCUGAAAGAUGGUCAACCAUCAGACUUUGUGGUUCGUGGAGGAGUUACCUAUCUGAGUGAUAUGCGAAAUUCUCGUUAUGUGAGGAAAAUACUGCUUCCAUCAGCCUACAGUCGCAAUACUUUGGAUUACGAUGUGGCAAUCCUGAAGCUGCAGCAACCGCUCCAGGCUUCUAUUGCUCAACCCAUUUCUUUGGCGGCAAGAUCUCCUCGACCGGGGACUUUUGUCAGGGUUUCCGGCUGGGGACUAACCGACGACAGCUCCACUUCGCUGCCUAAUCAGCUGCACAGCGUCCAUGUACAAGUGAUGCCUCAACGAGAGUGUCGGGAUCUAUACCAUGGCUAUCGGAAUAUUACUAACAGCAUGUUUUGUGCUUCGGUCCCGGGUAUCAAAGAUGCGUGCGCUGCCGAUUCUGGGGGACCAGUGGUCAAUUCAAAUGGUUUCCUAGUGGGCGUAGUCUCGUGGGGAAGGGCGAAUCGUUGUGCCGCGAAAGACAGUCCAGGGGUUUACUCUGAUGUGAGUUACUUAUCUGACUGGAUAACGGAUAAUAUUCGCAGAUACUGUUAGAUUUAUUUUAAAACUGUAUUAAUCAGUAUUAUAUUAGUUAACCCUGA